UUGCCCACUUCUUCGUUUGCCCUCGUCGACAAUAUAGCCCUAGAUUCCUCGCUCUCGCUCUCUCGCUCUAGCUCUCGCUAUCUCUCGCUCUCGCUCUCGCUCUCGCUCGUUCGCAGGGAAUUUUUGUCGAAGAUGGUGAGCCAAAGGCAGAGACUUGCGAGGAAGAGAUUCAAGGAGGCUCACCCGGAGAUGUUUCCGAAGCCGGAGCCGACGCCGCCGAAGGAUCCGGAGAAGAAAAAGAAGAAGAAAAGUAUGUUCAAGCGAAAGAAAUCUGGACCCAUCGACGGGUCGAGUAAAGGAACGGUGAGAAGAGGCAUGAAGAGGCACCCACUUAGGAUACCCGGUAUGAAACCCGGGGAAGGAUGUUACAUAUGCAAGGGCAAUGACCAUAUGGCCAAGCUCUGCCCCCAAAAAUCUGAGUGGGAGAAGAACAAGGUAUGCUUGCGUUGUCGAAGACGAGGACAUAGUCUUAAAAACUGCCCCGACAAGAGCGACGAGAGCUCGGACAAGAAGUUGUGCUACAACUGUGGAGAAAGUAGCCAUUCACUUUCUCAAUGUCCCUAUCCCAUGGAAGAUGGGGGAACAAAAUUUGCAAGUUGUUUCAUAUGCAAGGAACGUGGGCACUUGAGCAAGAACUGCCCGCAAAAUAAGCAUGGGAUCUACCCAAAGGGAGGAUGUUGUAAUAUUUGCGGAAGUGUGACACAUCUAGUGAAGGAUUGCCCUGAUAAAGAUAACCGAAGUUCGAUCCAAGCAAAGGAUACAGAUUACGAAGAGAUUCCAAGGGGGAAGGUGACUAAGUUAACAAGCGGGGACGAUCUUGAGGAUGACUUCGUGAUGGGAGACACGAAAAGCAACAAUAAAAACAAGUCAUCAGAAGCUAAAACCGGAGCUUCUGAUCAGAGUAGAAGUGAUGCGAACCCCAGAAAGAGACAAGGUCCAAAGGUUGUCAAUUUUGUAGGAUGAUCGAAUAAAAAAAAGGGCAGUACUUCUCCAAUUUUGUAGGAAAAAAAAAAGAGAAUGUGUUGUGAUAAUGGGUAUUUGUUGUACGUAUACGUAUACGUAUUUCUUGCAAGGAAUGUUGUUUUGUGGGUAUUUUGGGUCGACGUUA